AUGAAGCUGUAUUGUUUAAGUAACGAUCCCAAUAAACCAUGUCAUAUACUUACAUUUCGAGAAAUUACAGUAAUGCUGGAUUGUGGUUUAUCUAUGCAGUCUGUUUUAAAUUUCCUACCAUUAUCAUUUGUUCCUUCGAAUAAGUUUCUUAAUUUAAACAGUUAUAUGCCACCCGAUGUCUCUGAUACGGAUUUGGAAGGCGAGCUCAAGGAGAAUUGUGAUAGAGUAUUUGUGGAUUCCCCGCCAGAAUUUAAUCCUCCUCUAGAUAAGCUUAUUGAUUUUUCUCAAGUCGAUGUUAUUUUAAUCUCAAAUUACCUAUGCAUGAUGGCUUUACCUUUUAUUACUGAAGGAACUGGAUUUCAAGGAAGGGUAUAUGCUACAGAACCAACAUUACAUAUUGGAAGACUUCUACUUGAGGAAUUAGUUAUAUACAUUGAACAAUGUCCUAAAUCAAAUUUUGCAAUGCAAUGGAAGAACUUUACUCACAGGUGUCCUUUUCCAAUAAAUGAAGCUUUCAUGCCAAAAUCAUGGAAGCAAAUUUAUAAUAUGAAUAGUGUUAAUGCAAGCUUGUCCAGAAUACAAAUGGUGGGCUAUAAUGAGAAAAUUGAUGUUUAUGGUGCACUGCAAGUCAUUCCUGCUAGUUCAGGCUUUUGUUUGGGCUCAGCUAACUGGGUUAUCACUUCAGAUUAUGAAAAAAUUGUAUAUCUUAGUGGAUCCAGCACAUUAACUACCCAUCCCAGACCAAUGGACCAUCAUGCUUUAAAAAAUGCUGAUAUACUUAUCAUGACUGAUCUAACACAAACACCUAUCAGUAACCCUGAUUCAAUGUUAGGUGUUUUAUGUGUGGUUGUUGGGCUGACUUUGAGAGGAGGUGGCAAUGUUCUUAUACCAUGCUAUCCCACAGGAGUAGUGUAUGACCUUUUUGAAUGUUUAUCAGGAAAAAUGCAAGAAUUGGGUGUGUCAAAUUGUCCGAUGUUUUUUAUUUCUCCAGUGGCGGAUACUUCAUUAGCCUAUUCAAAUAUUUUGGCCGAAUGGUUGAGUUCAGCAAAACAAAAUAAGGUCUAUGUACCUGAUGAACCUUUCCCACAUGCAGUAUUAGUAAAAAAUUCAAAAUUAAAACACUUUAAACAUAUUUAUUCUGAAGGUUUUAGUACUGAUUUUCAAGAGCCUUGUGUUGUAUUUUGUGGCCAUCCUAGCCUUAGAUUCGGAGAUGUGGUCCAGUUUAUAGAACUUUGGGGCAACAAUCCUAGAAAUUGCAUAGUUUUUACAGAGCCUGAUUAUGAUUACAUAGAAGCACUAGCACCCUACCAGCCUCUUCAGAUGAAAAUAGCUCAUUGUGCUAUUGAUACUUCUCUUAAUUUUACCCAAGCAAAUAAGUUGAUAAAAGAUCUGAAACCAGCCACUUUAGUGGUUCCAGAAAUUUAUACCAAACCACCAGUAUCAGCUCCAAAUUUGUCAGAGCUUGUUAUCCAUAGCAAUCCUGAUGUAAAUCUCAUCCCUUAUAAAUGGGGAGAGGUUGUUAAUUUGCCUUUAAAAAGGAAACAAGGUCAGAUAUUUAUUGAAACUGAGGUGGCUAAAAAAAUAGUCCCUGUUGAAAUCAAGCCAGGAAUCAGUCUGUCCACUAUAACUGGUAGUCUGAAGGUUAAAGAUAAUGUCCAUAAUAUCCAGGAUAUCUCUUCAGACUAUAAAUUAUUGAAUAAAAAUGUAAAAUAUGAAUGGGGUUCUGUGAAUAUUAACGAAUUUAAGCUAAAACUUCUUCAAGAAGGUAUUACUGAUGCUAAAGUAGAAUCCUUAGGUGGCAAUGUUGUAGUAAUACAUCUGCAAGAUGAAGAUGCACUUAUUCAGUUAGAAGAUAACAAUACUCAUGUAGUCUGUAACGGUGAUGAACAGUUAAGAACUAAAUUAAGAAAUAUUGUUAUGCAGUGUUUAAAGAAGUUUUAAUAAAAUUGUGAUAAUUAAA